UAUGAUGCCAAUAUAACGAAGGGCAUGCCGAUCUCUCUCUUACUAAAAAAAAAAUUAAAUUCGAUUUGAUUGUUCGAUUUUGAAUUUACUAAGAAAACGUCGAUUGAAACCAGAACCAAACUGAAUGACUCGUUAAAUUGUAAACACUCCAAUAGGGAUAUUAGAACUGUCAUCGUAAAUUGUAUAGAAAAAAAAGGUUGCUUAGCUUGGGGCAAAGAUUGCUUGUUCAAGACCAUGAAAUGUACAAGGAAAUUACAAUGUCUAUGAGAGAUUAUGCAGCUGGAAAAAUGGGUAUGAGAGAUUUUGCAGCUGCUGGUAAAGAGUUGAUGAUCUCUUCUACCACUCUCGGACGACGACGAGGACGAGGUGUUCAGGAGGAGUAUGAAAAGCUUCAGGGUAUUGUAAGAGAGACAAAAGUGAUACUUAUGGAUCUAGAGUGGCGGAAUUUGCACGAUGAAGGGAAUGAUGAAGUAAGAGAGUGGUUGGAAAAGACUACAAAAUUAUAUUGCGAAGCAGAUGACAUGUUAGACGAGUUGUCAUAUGAAGCCAUGAGAAUUAUUCAACUGGAGAGGGAGGAGGAGAUCCAAAAGUACUACUGCAUGACCACCAAAAAGGUAUGCAUUGAUUCCUUGCCAUUACUGUUAUUCUGUCCCAGAAUGUCUCGUAAAAUCAAGGAUUUCCAACAUGUGCUAGAUGAGCUGAAACAAAAACUGAAAAUGAAAUUCCCCGAUUCUAGAGUGGUAGAGAAUCAUGGAAUACAUGAAGUAGGCCUCUCACUGACUACCAUUGAUAUUGAUUAUGCUUUUGAACAAGUAUAUAAAAUUGAUGUGGAUAAAACAGAUCAAGUAUUUGGAAGAGAGGAGGACAAAACAAAGAUUGUUAAUAUAUUGUUAAUGGAUCAUCAUCCAAACAAUAUUAAUGAACAACAGAAGCUCUUAGUCAUCCCAAUAAUAGGGGCUCCCGAUGCUGGGAAAAAAACAGUAGCAAAGCUCAUCUUCGAUGAUGAGACAAUAAAGUCACAUUUUGAUCUGAGAUUUUGGGUUUAUGCGAGGUCGAAGGGGUACGAAUUUGAAGUGAAAAGGGUUGUAAAAGAAAUAGUUGAACAGUCUCCUAGAAGAAGAAGUAUGGGUGAUUUAACAAAUUGGGACAAUUUACAACACAUGUUAGAAGAGAUUUUGAGUGGGAAAAAGUUUUUACUUGUGUUGACCGACGUGUCUCUCUGGAGCAGAGAUGAAGAAAGAUGGAAUAAUUUAAAAACUUUGCUAAGAGUUGGGUCCAUAGGGAGCACAAUUAUUGUAACAUUACAAUUUCGAAGUGAUGCCUCGAUAAUGGGGACAGUUCCUCCAUAUGAAUUAGGUGAACUAUCACUAGAAGCUAGUUGGGAAUUGUUCAGGAGAAAAGCAUUUGCAUUUGGGAGCAGAGGAGGUGCACUGGAGAGUGCAGAUCUUGUUAGUAUAGGACGGAAACUUGUUCGGGAAUGUGGAGGUUUUCCAUUAGCGUUAACAAACCUAGGUGCCAUGAUGUGCUUCAAGGAAAAUACAGAAGAGUGGAAAGCUGUCCUAAAUACGAUGAGAGCAAGAAGUUUCUAUGGUAUUCAAAAGACUAAUGUGCUGAAGAUUUGUUACGAUGACAUGGAGUCACCAUUGAAACGAUGCUUUGCAUAUUGUUCAGUAUUUCCCAAGAAUUUUAUAAUUGAGAAGAAGAAAUUGAUUCAACUGUGGAUGGCGCAAGGUUUCCUAGAACAAGAAGCAUCAUCAUCAUCAUCAUUGUUGAUUAAUAAUGGUGGUGGAGAUCAUGAUGGUGUUAUAUUAAUGGAGGAUAAAGGUAAUGCAUAUUUUAAAUCACUGGUGAUGAGGUCCUUCCUUCGAGUUGUCAAAAUGGAUGAUAAAGGGGAACCAUUAGAGUGCAGGAUGGAGGAUGGUUUACAUGAUUUUGCAUUGGGAUAUGUUGAUACGGGGCCAUAUAGUGGAACCUAUUAUCUAUCACAUCUUGUUCGUGAUGAAUUUAACUCAAUUCCGGGCAUAUUCUUCUCCAUGACGAACCAAGUUCGGACAUUGCUUGAUUGUCCUAAUGAUAUUUCUUCUUAUGCCAAGUCAAUCAAGUUUUAUAAGACUCUGCGUGUACUAGAACUUAGACACGUCAAAAAAGAUGAGUUGCCAUUAUCAAUUGGAGAGUUAAUACACUUGAGGUAUCUUGAUCUUUCCCAUGGUAGGUUUAAAUCAUUACCUAAUCUUGGAAGUCUUGAAGAGCUCAAGUUCGCUGCGGCUCUUUCUCGUCUUUAUCGGUUUUAUCCAUGGAAACAAGUUGGAAGGAAGGUCCAACGGGCGGAAACAGAACAGAAUAGGCUAUAA